UCUUUUUUCGUUUCCUUAACCCCUCCUAUUCUCUGCAGCAAAAACAGCAGCGUAUAUCUUUUCUACCUGCUGUGUGUGGCAAAGCAAGACGAAUAUUUGCCUGGACAGGAAGAGGCUGUUCGAGUUCAUUUUCUGCAGUCAUUUGUUGCUGCCCGUUUUUGAAGCGGAAUUUUGUCUCCUGAGCAACAAAAUGGGAAAUGAAGCAAGUUAUCCCCUGGAGAUGUGCUCGCACUUCGAUGCAGAUGAGAUUAAGAGGCUAGGAAAGAGAUUUAAGAAACUCGACCUAGAUAACUCCGGAUCCCUGAGCGUAGAGGAGUUCAUGUCCCUGCCCGAGCUGCAGCAGAAUCCGCUGGUGCAGAGGGUUAUCGAUAUAUUUGACACAGAUGGCAAUGGGGAAGUGGAUUUCAAAGAGUUUAUAGAGGGCGUCUCACAAUUCAGUGUUAAGGGAGAUAAGGAACAGAAACUCAGAUUCGCUUUCAGGAUCUACGAUAUGGACAAGGACGGCUAUAUUUCCAAUGGCGAGCUGUUCCAAGUGUUGAAGAUGAUGGUGGGAAACAACUUGAAGGACACCCAACUGCAGCAGAUUGUAGAUAAGACCAUUAUCAAUGCAGACAAGGAUGGCGAUGGGAGAAUAUCUUUUGAAGAGUUCUGUGCUGUUGUUGGUGGUCUUGACAUUCACAAAAAGAUGGUAGUGGAUGUGUGAGUCUUCACACAUCCUCCUUGCCACCUACAACACGUGCUUUCCUUUCCAUCUCUGAUGAUCUGCUCAAGACAUCUAGCAAAUGCUCUUUUUCAAUGGAAGUAUUUACUCUGUGAAGCUACCUUAUUGCUACCACGAGCCUGGUGAAGCCAACGCGUAAGUGUUUUUGAACUCUGAUCCUCACAAUAACCUGGUGUAGCACUUUACUGACUGAAGAACGGCAAAGAGCAUCAAUAUCUGAACAAGGGAAGACAGGGUGGCUGGUUCAUUAUUUCCCCCCCCCCCCCCCCCUCAUUUUCUUUUUGUAAUUUUUUUUAAUUUAUAUUUAUUUUGGAUCACUUUUUUUUAAAGCAAGUGUAUAUUAAGCUUUCUGCAAAGGAGGAAGUUAUGUUAAGUUAACGUUGGCAUUUCAGUACAGAAAUAAUUAGGGUAUGAUGUGCCAAGCAGAACACAAUCAACAAACCAGACAGAUCUUUUUAAUUAGAAAAAACUGGUUUGAUUUUGUUUGGGUUUUUUGUUUGUUUAAGUGAAUACUUUAUUUUUCUUUCAUUUUGCAAUGUUUCUAUUGUUCUUGCGAUUAAUCAUGUUAAUCAGUACUUUUUGUAUUGUGAUAAAUUAUUUAUGAAUGUUCGUAUUACUGGAGAGUAACUUUAUUCUGUGUUUAAUUCGAUGACAGUCCAGUAGAAAUAGAUGCCAAAAAAAAAUCCAACUUUACCGAAACAAUCAAUGACUUCUUCAGGUUAGGAUUUUGUUAAAGACCUUCUGAUGAUAAACAAUUAGUAAUGUUUCAGUGCUCAAAUUCUGAAAGAUUUGUUGAAUCACUGAGCUCUGAUGACCGCAUCUAUUAUUAUUAUUAUUAUUAUUAUUAUUAUUAUUAUUAUUAUUAUCAUUAUUAUUAUCAUCAUCAUUAUUAUUAUCAUCAUCAUCAACACCUCUGCAGAUAAUUACGGCAGUUUCAUUGCAGUCAGCAUUGUUUUUGCUUUAAAAACCCAAAAUAAUUCUAGAUACAUAUGUACCAGAAGCCAGAACACAGGAUUUUAGAACAGCAGUACGCUAUUUGUGACCACUCCAUGCCCCCACCUGGACAAACAAAGUAUUGUAUUUUAAAUCCAAAACACCCAGUAGGACAUUAACCUUAGAACUUUAGCAUGACGUGAGUAAAGAGUAUUGCUGGAAAGGAUUUGCUCCUUACUUCCUCUACACAUCUUCACAGGCUUCUCUCACCUGUGGUACCUAGUGUGUCUUUGAUCCCCCAAGUGCUCCUCCAGCGUCUGCACGAACAUGUUCCCUUCUGCAUGGUUUCCGAUUUACAGCACGUCUACUGUUUACACUUGUGAUAUUCAACAUCAAAUAUCGAAUAGUUAUGGAUGUCGCCAAAAAGUUUUGAAAAAAAAGAAGAAAAAAAAAAGACUCGGCACAAUCUGUGUUCUUGAAAAGUACAAAUACAUAUAUACACGUUUUUCUUCCUGAAUAAUAUUAAGUUGCAGUGAAAUGUAUGGUGUCUAUACAGUAUAGAGAUAUAUAAAUCCAGUCAGUGAUACCUUUAUAAAAUUUAUUUUUAAUUGCUUUAAAACUAAUUUUACUCCAAAUUUAUGUUGAUGGAAUGGGAGAAUGGGUGUUUCGUUCCCAAAUCGACAUCGAGAAUCAUUAUAUUUCCAGUUGGGGACGUCUACUCUGCAUGCUGCAUCAUAUUGCCUACUGUUGGGAAUCCUUGGACUUGGUACUGUAUAAGAAUAAAUAAAUAUUUUUAAAAAGAAUAUAUACACGUUAAGCAUUUCUUACUGAAUCCACAACCUGCUUCAUUGCCAGUGAUAUACGGUUUAUUUUUGAGUGUUUCAGUGAUGUUUGUGAUCAGUCAGUGAAAAGUGUCCUCUGACAACUAUGACUCCAGUCACCUGUAGCGUGUAGAUAUUUUGGACAUUUUUCUGCUUCAGUCCUUGAGCUGUAUAGCAGGGGGAGGAUCAGAGAGUUGUGCCCUGUGUUAGAAUCUCUCUGCUGCACGGCUGGCAACUGCCCGAAUGUUCCCAUACACCUUUGAUGGUGGACUUCCU